AAUGAGUUCCAAUCGACGACGACCAGCUAGUAAUUCUUCUGAUGCGCCACCUACUAAUAGAGCUCGGAUCGACAAUGGGCUUAAUAUUCUACCAGCUGCAAAUAAUAACAUUAACAACAACGACAACAACUUUCCAAACAACUUACCAAACAACAAUAACAACUUACUAAACAACAACAAUAACUUACCAAACAACAAUAUUGAUGUGGAAGCAAUAAUAGCCGCUGAAAGGGCACGUGCUAAUAUUAUUGAAAUGCCGCCUGCGGCUAUGCUUCUACCACUCAUAGAUAUCCGCAAUCGCCUGACAUCUUCCAAUUAUGCCUUUGCAGGGUGGCGCACAAAUCACGUGUUUAAGUAA